CGUCGUUGAAAAUUACAACUAUUAACCUAUUAUGAUUGCGUUGUUUUCUCUAAGCUCUUAUUGUCUGUUGGUUUAGCUUAUCCUGAUAACUGUUACGUCAGCAGUUAAAGAUUUAUUCUCUGCAGCAAUAACCAAUAGUAGAUGCUUGAUUGGUGGGUGGUAUAAUGAAAGACGGCAAUAUGUCGAUGCUCGAGUCUCAAAAAGAAGAGAGCAGACCAUCGGAAAAUAUGCAGAUGGAGCUGCACAGCAAAGGAGCUGUUCUGACCAAAGCCUGGUCUGACUUGUUUAGCUUUAUUACGAAAUAUCAGGCAGAGCUCGCUGUGAAGGAGAAUACUGUUGAAAUUGCUGAACGGGAGAUUGAUGUGCGUAAAAGACAAUUAGAGGAAAUGAAACCGAUGGUGGAAGCUGGAAAUGAAGAGGUAGAAAAAUUACAAGAAGAGAUUCGAACCAAGGAAAGACUGCUGAGCAAAUCACAAUCAGAACUUUCUGUGAAAGAGCAGUUGUUACGAAGUGUGCAGUCGGACCUCACCUGCAACAUGGAACUUUUAGAAAAAGCCAGAUGUAAUCUUUUAGAUAGUCAAUCAGAACUUGUCCACAACAGGGGUGAUUUAGAACGCUUAAAAUCAGAAUUGACUAUAAAACAGGACCAAAUACAAAUAAAAGACAAUUUAUUGAGAAAGUUACAAAAUCAGUUGAUGAAAGAAAAUGCUGAGCUCAAAGAACAAUUAGAAAUAGAAAGAAAAACCCUUGAAUUGGAGAGGAGAAAUUUUGAAAUGGAACGAAGAUCUCAUGAACUAACCAAGAGAAAUCUUAGAGGCAAAUCAAAUCCUUCUAGUACUGCCAGUGUGAUAGAAAUCCCAGAUUCCCCUCCGAAGCUAGAUCUUUCAGUUGAACAAGCAGAUUUUAGCCUCUCGAACAUAAUCUCUUCAGCUGAGACGCAAAGCAAAAUGGAGCAGGACGUGUAUAAACUUUCUCAUUCCACUGCCCAGGACAGUCGCCGUUCUCCCAUGACAACAACACCCACGAAGCCACCGCCGGCGUGGUCUCUGCCAUCUCCCUCUGCCACUUCUCCAUCAAGAUACUCACUUCCUACGCCUAACGUCCAAACUACCUUCCAGGACGCGUUCCCACUAACUGACAAUUUCAAUGUUUCUGCCGCAUCAGUCAGCGAUACAUUCUUUCCAUUAAGUGUUGAGGGUGGGGACUCAAAAGCAGGUAUUGACACAUCUGCUAGUAUGUACUUAGACACUGAAAUGCAGGGAUCAGGACAAUAUAUGCCUGGAACACCUGGAAGUUCCGGGACAAGUGACAGUAAUCAAGGGGGCCCUGUGCCAGUAUCGGGGCCAAUUCCAACUUCAGGGAUGCCUGGGAGUGGCUUGCAAGAAGGAACUGAUGGAAAGAUGUUUGAUUAUCUCGUCAAUGAAAAUAAAAUCUCAGGUUCAGGGUCAUCUGACCCUGAGCAUGGGCAGGAGCAGCCUUACAUCAUGCAUCAUGUCCAACAGAAAAAGCCAAGUAAGAAGUCCAAGGAGGAACGAGCCAGGCAUGCUGCUCUCAACUCGAAAUGCAAUCGUACAAAAGGCAUUUGCAAGAAGGUGUGUCAGCUGAUCAAUUCUGAUAGGCUAAAUUUCACUGGAUUCGUGGUUCUUAACGAUAUCGACAUGAACAAGUUCACAGUUUAUGGGAGCGAGGAGUUUAUGACGAACUUUAAAAACAAUACAGCGCUGGUCAAAUAUGAUGCUGCAAGAACGUACUCGUACAGUCUAAAACAGCUCGACGUAAAACCCAAGAUUGUAGUGGAGCCCUCACCAACUAAGAUGCCGAAACAGAUGGCUUCACUUACACCAGGGAAUAGAAAACUCUAUGACCUCCACAAUGCUGCCCUCACCCGAAGAUCUUCUCCACUGGUCUCAGCAGGGAUUGGGCUUGUUCCAGUGACAAGUGGAAUGCUCGGAAAAAGUAAGGAUCCGGGUAGGAAGACAUCCGAUGCAACUGCUGAGAAGACCAUGAACCAUGAAAAAGGUCCUACCCGCCCUAAAAGGAAAUACACCAAGAGAGCAUCACUAGCAAACUAAGAUUGUAAGCACAUAGAUUAUCGUUUUCUAUUUUAUAUUGUGAAAGAUGUAACAAUCAUGACAAUGAUGUACAUGUACACUCACACAUUGUGUCUACUCAAGCAAAAAGCAUAUAAUCGUUCUUUUUGUAAUGGGUAAUCUAGUCUGUCCCUUUCCUUCUUCCUUGUCCUUAGCUAUCAUAUUCUGGAUUGAAUGAGGGGUAAGUGUGAAUGAUAUUGGUGUACUUUAGUAUGCAGGCCAUCAGCAACUGGUGCUUAGUGACAAAAAUGGAUGUAAAAUGAAGUUGUUCCAUUAGGUCCCUUGGUUGCGGUAAAUUAUGAACCAAUAAGUAUAUUGAAAAAGAUGACAGAGCAGCAGUGUCAUAUGAUGAAAUUUUGUGCAAACCUCCAAAUGCACCAGAGCCAAUCAGCAGCAGACACUGGGUUCUGCCACUGGCUGACCAUGUCAUGACAAAUAAUUCAUGAUGGAUGUUCUUGGUAUAAAAAUUUAAAUUCUGAUACCAAGAACUUCCAUCAUCAAAGUUUACGCCUUCAAAGUUUUCAAUUGUUCACUUACAUGUAGGCCUACUUGUUCACUAUCUUUAGCUUCAUCAACCUUUUCCAAAUUUGUUUUGAGUUUCUCAAGAAGGCUGGAAAGCUCAAAAUAAAGAGACAGAAGUUUUACCUUUGUCUUUGCAGCUUUUAACUUCCCUACUGCAUCUUGAUCUAGAAACUCUUGGCAGAUUAGGUGGUAGAGCUUACUCUCUGCAAUUUCAGGAAAAAAAUUCAAAUUACACUAUCUCGACCCAAAAACUUCUUGUUACACUUUCUUAGCUCAUCAAGCUUGUCAAUGUUGCAGCAGACAGUCUGCCAAAUCUUUUCUGAUGGUACACCUUUUGGAAUUCAUACCUUGGUGGACUUGUUGAUUUCCUCCAACACGAAAUCAAGGUCCUGACCCUUGGACGGAUCUCCACGUCUUGACACAGAGUGACACAUGGACAGGACAGUCUUGUAGAUCAGGGGGGGGGGGGAGAAUUACACCAUACAUUGUCUCAUAAAUUUCUAUGUGUUGAUACUUAUCAUGCCUGUGCCGACAGAAGAUCCCUCUAAACUGUUGUUUUGAAGACUGGAUUAGGGGAACAUUGCUCCUCCUGGUGCCCAUCCUCAUAUCAACAAUAGCUUGCGAAUAUGUGAUAUUUGCUCAAGAACAUCCAAAAAAUUGUCAGCUUUUAUUUUCUUUGCACGCUUUGUAGAAAUGCUUACCAGUGGGUCCAGUUUUAUUGGCAAGGCAAUCUCUGACAUACGUCUGGAGGAUAGAGAUGGCGUGUUUCCUUGACUAACUACUGUUGUUAAUACAGUGAGCUUCUCAGUUAUUGUAACCCGUUACACUACAUGUAUGUAUUGCUUACUGAAUCAUUACGCUUGAUGUUCACUUGUAUGUAUUUCUGAUAUGGUAGUGUAAAUGUAACUG